UAUUUAAGUGAGAGGCAGCACUUAAGGAUCAUAGUCGAAAAUCAUCAUAGAAGGAAAAUUCCCGUUGCUGUGAAGUAUAACUGCAAGAUGGCGAUGAUUUCCUACAUUACAUUGGCAUUAAGUUGCCUCUCCUUAAUUCAAGGAAAGGCACUCUUUGAAGGGGACAUUGUCCUCACUGACAAGACAAAACAAGUUGUUGAAGGAGAGGCGAACACAUUUGACGCAGUUGCUUCAGCUGCCAGAAAAUGGCCCGGUGGUGUUGUGCCCUUUGUUUUUGAUCGAUAUUUUGACAACUACAGGAGACAGGUUGUCCAGCAAGCUAUUGAUGAGUUCAACAAGCACACUUGUGUCAAAUUUGUGCCACGAACCAAUGAAAGAAACUAUGUCAGAUUUAUGGUUGGACAAGGGUGCUCCUCAAUGAUUGGAAUGACUGGCGGAUAUCAGGACAUUUCAAUUGGCAACUACUGCUAUUACAAAGGUAUCGUAAUGCACGAAAUGAUGCACGCCAUUGGAUUCUGGCAUGAACAAUCGAGACUCGACAGGGACAACUAUGUCACAAUCUACUGGCAGAACAUACAGAAAAACCCUGAUAUGUCAUACAACUUCCGAAAAUACAGCCACGGGGAAGCUGAUUAUUACGGUGAAGGCUACGAUUAUGAUUCAUUGAUGCACUACGAAAACAAUGCUUUCAGCUCCAAUGGGUACUCUACUAUCGUUGCUAGGUCAGACCCAAACAAGAAGUUGGGCCAGAGAGCUGGGUUCAGUGCUACGGACAUCAGGCAGAUAAAUAAACUCUAUAGCUGUCAAUUGGGGGGUAACUGUGUGGACAAUCAUAGCUAUUGCAGCUACUGGGCAUCAAUUGGAGAAUGCCAGAAAAAUCCAAACUACAUGCUUACAAAUUGCAAGAAGAGUUGCCAAAGAUGUUAAAAGACUCGUCAAAUGUUAAGAUUUAAAAAUCAAGUUGUCUUGAUCGUGUAUAAUCAAGGAUCUUAACAAAUAAAAAAUGUAUAAUCCA